AAAGUAUUAAUUUGAUCUAAGGAGAAAAAAGGUCUUUCUGGCUAAAAAAAACAUGGAAAAGUCAAGAAAUAGUGUUAUAUUAUUUCUUUUCUACCUGUCUGUCUUCUAUCCUCAGACUGACGUUCACUCAUUCGCCACCCCAUCUGAUCAUGAUUUCAGCUACAUGAAAUUUGUGUAUAAUGCCACAGAUCUACCAUCAGAAGAAGUAUAUGACUAUAUUGUAGUUGGAGGGGGCACCGCAGGCUGCCCUUUGGCGGCGACUUUAUCAGUAAACUACUCGGUGCUCCUUCUCGAAAAGGGAAGUGUCCUAUUGGAAUGUGUAAAAUAAUUAACUGCUGCUGGAAACUCUUCGUCUUCUUACAGUUGCUGGAAACUCUUCAUCUUCCAACAACUGUAUUUUCUUGGUACUGUAAAAGUCUUUAUUGCUGCUUCUAAUGACUGUAAAAGGCUUGCCUAUAUAUGCAGCCUGUUGUACUGAUAUCCAUACGAUGAAUAAGAAUCUCAAACUUCACCGGGGACGUAGGCUCAAAUUUGCCGAACCUCGUUAAACUUGUGUGGUUCUGUUUUCUUCUUUUUCUCUGAUUUCUACAUGGUAUCAGAGCAGGACCUUUGAAAAUCCUGUCUCUUUGUCUUCUCAAUGGGUGAUUCUUCUGGGAGAGCUUCUGUUUUUCCCGGCGAAUCUGAUGGGAAUCCCAAUCUUCGCCUUUGUUCGGUUCUUCUAAAUGGAUUUAACUAUAUUCCUUGGUCAAGAGCUGUCAGUUUGGCUCUUGGAGGAAGAUCGAAACUUGGCUUCAUCAAUGGAAAUAUUCCUGCACCCGCUGUUGAUGAUCCAAAGUAUGAGGAUUGGUUCUGCAAGGAUCAACUUGUCAUGUCUUGGUUGCUCAACUCUAUGGAGCCUCAGGUUGCUGAGAUUUUCAGUUUUUCUGAUUCUGCACAACAUCUUUGGACUGCUGUCAAAGAAAUGUAUGGAAAUCAAAAUAAUGCAGCCAGGAUUUUUCAACUAAAGAAGGAUAUUGCUGGGGUGAAUCAAGAUGGAAAAUCUUUUAUUGAACAUCUGGGAAAGCUUAAAGGCAUGUGGAAUGAGCUAGAUCUUUACAGACCUCAUACUAUUGAUUCAGCCACUCUUUUGAAAAGGGCUGAAGAGGAUAAAAUUUUCCAACUCUUGGCAAGUUUGGAUCCAAAUUAUGAAGACUUACGCAGUCACAUUUUGAUGAGUGCUGAAAUGCCUUCUUUCAAUACUGUUUGUACUACUAUUCAACGAGAAGAGGUAAGGAAGAAAGUCAUGAACGUAGAAACCAAAUCAGGCGCUGGAAGUUCUGAAUCUAAAGCUUUUGUAGCUGGUGCUAAAAAACAAGCAAGCAAAAAUUUCAAAGGAAAAAAAGGCAAUCUGGAGUGUAGUUAUUGCGAACAAAAAGGUCACACCAAGGAUAGGUGUUGGAUUCUCCACCCUCAUUUGAAACCAAAAUUUGGAAAGGAAGGCAAGGGAGAACAAAAACACAGUGCCAAUCAAGUUUCUGCUGCUGAUGAUUUUGAAAAAUUCACCACCAACCCUUCAGCUUUUCUUGGUGAGUUUGCUGCGUAUCUCCACCAAAAAAAUGAGAAUCCCAAUUGUAAAAUUGAUGCAAGUCUCUCCAAUAAUGCUGGAGCAAAUCUUGCCUCGAACUCUACUACUCUUCUUGGCCAGUUUGCUAAUUUUCUUCAACAAUAUGGAAAAACAUCUACUUCUGAUGUCUCAGGAUCGAAUUACCAAGAAGAAGAUUGGUGAAGGUGUUUACUCAAAUGGGUUGUAUCUUCUUCAUCAUUUUCCUAACAACUCAAGAGGGCUCCAAGUCAAUUCUCUCCCAAAUCGUGUUU